AUGGCGGCAGCGGCAAAACGGCAGCUCGUGUGCUGGUGCUUGGUGGCAGCGGUGGCGGUGGCGUCGGCGCAGCAGGGCAGGUUCACGACGGUGAACUUCCCCAAGUUCGAGAAGCGGAGGUACCAGGCGACCUGCACCGAGAACAAGGGCCCGUCCUGCUACGUCGGCUGCCCCAAGCAGUGCCCCGACAAGUGCCUCGCCAUGUGCAAAUACUGCCUCACCUUCUGCAUGUGCGACCUGUUCCCGGGCACGUCGUGCGGGGACCCGCGCUUCACGGGUGGCGAUGGCAACACCUUCUACUUCCACGGUGAGAGGGACCAAGACUUCUGCAUCGUCUCCGACGCCGACCUCCACAUCAACGCGCACUUCAUCGGCAACCGCAACCUAGGCAAGAAGCGUGACUUCACGUGGGUGCAGGCCCUCGGCGUCACCUUCGGCGACGAGCACCGCCUCUACAUCGGCGCCCGGAAGGCCGCCGAGUGGGACGAGGAGGAGGACCAUGUCCAGAUCACUCUCGACGGCGAGCCCAUAGAGGUGGAGGCCGCCAAGAAUGCGCGGUGGGUCUCUAACACCGUGCGGGGACUCUCCGUCACCCGCAUUGACACGGUCAACACCAUCAUCGUGGAACUCGACGGCGUGUUCAGCAUCUCGGCCAACGCGGUGCCCAUCACCGAUGAGGACUCCCGGAUCCAUAGCUAUGGCAAGACCAGGAAUGAUAGUCUCAUGCACCUCGACCUUGGGUUCAAGUUCCACGCCCUCACCAAAAGUGUCGACGGUGUGCUCGGCCAGACAUAUCGCUCUCACUAUGUCAGCAAAGUCAACGUCACGGCCAAGAUGCCUAUCAUGGGUGGUGCGCCCAAGUACCUCUCGACUGGCCUCUUCUCCACCGACUGCGCCGUUUCUCAGUUUCACCGCAGCAGCCCCGCCACCAUGGAGACAUUCACCUCAUAA